AUGGAAUCACAAACAGUUUCUUCACGCAAGCUUAGCGGUUACGAGUUUUACCGCAAGAUCUUGGGCAGCCCAAAAUUUGUCGUGGCGCCAAUGGUAGAUCAAAGUGAACUGGCUUGGAGAGUUCUCAGUCGACGUUACGGUGCUCAUCUAGCAUAUACUCCCAUGAUCAAUUCAAAACACUUUGGUUCCAUCCGCAACAAAACCUUUCGAGAACUCAAUUUUAGCAUCCUAAACGGAGAGGAAGGAAACGAAAAACUUGAUAGACCCCUCGUAGUUCAGUUUUGUGGCAAUGAUCCACAGCAGGUUCUCGAAUCUGCCAAGAUUCUCGAGCCAUAUUGCGAUGCGGUCGAUAUCAAUCUCGGAUGCCCUCAGGAUAUCGCGAAGCGAGGCUACUAUGGUGCCUAUCUGCAGGAUGACUGGGAUCUAAUUUAUCGAAUAAUUAAUACGUUGCAUACUAACCUCAAUAUACCCGUAACAGCCAAGUUUAGAGUAUUCCCCGAUGUGGAAAAGACGGUCGAAUAUGCCAAAAUGCUCGAGCGUGCCGGUGCGCAGAUUUUGACUUGUCACGGUCGAACACGAGAACAACGCGGGGUCAAUACGGGGUUAGCCGACUGGGCCAAGAUCAAGGCGGUCAAGGAAGCCGUUUCAGUUCCCGUAUUCGCCAAUGGAAACAUCCUCUACUAUUCGGAUAUAGAGACCUGUCUCAAAGCCACCGGGGCAGACGCAGUCAUGUCUGCUGAAGGCAACCUCUACAACCCCGCCUUAUUCCGUCCAUCCCUCUUUGCCACGGACCUGGAUCUCCCGGAAAAGGGGAAUAAGGAUAUUGAUAUCUCGUUGGAACAUCUUCCGAUUACAGAUCUCGCCCUGGAAUAUCUAGAGAUCGUCAAACAGCAAAAAACACCAACGGACUGGGGUGCGGUCAAAGGCCAUUUGUUCAAGUUACUUCGACCAGGGUUCGCGACGGCUGUUGAUCUGCGAACCAAGAUGAGUAAAGUCCCAAACCCAAAGGGCAAGCCCGGCUCAGAAAAUGACAUGGCCAGCGGGUUAGAAGCGUACGAGCUGAUUGUUCGGGAGCUUAAAGAACGCCUACAGGCAGAUAUGAAAGCUGCCGAGGGCACAGACGCCGGUAGAGUACACAUCGACCCUUCGACUGGUGUGAGGUUUGUUCCACAUUGGCUCUCACAGCCCUAUUUCCGGCCUGCCCCUCCUCCCCCUCCGCCGAAUAAACGUGCAAAGGCGGAUAUCAAGAAAUAUUUGGAUGAGCGAAAGUCUGUGGAGACUGCAGAAAGUUUCGCUCUCUAG